GAACUUGGAAAUUCAAUUCAACGUAAAAUGCUACAAUAUGGCGCAUCAUGAACCAACAGAUGGAUUGCAGUGUUUUGUAGUGAAAUUAAAUAAUUAUCUCCCUUUCAGAUAUAUUUUCUAUACAUUGCCGAGAUAUUUUUUAUAUGGAAAAAGUAUAUGAAGUAUUGUAGGUAUUUUGUGAAGAAUCCUUUUACUUGUGUAAAAGUGAGUGCAAAAUGGAAAUGCAUGCAAGUGCUAAGUAGAUAGUGAAAGCCAUCGAAAAAUGCAUUAUUGGCUGAUAAGUUGACAUCUUCUGGAAAGUCACUACACUUAAUGUUGACUAACAAAGAUGUUGGGCGGCGUGGCGGGUCGACAUGUGUCGACCAGGAGGAGAGGAUCGUCGCCAAUGGUGAGGCUCGGGGCAAACUUGAGCCUCGCCCUUGAGCAUGGCGAUGGAACCAUACCACCCCGGGUUCCCGCGCGCCGUAGACGGGCUGUGACAACAAGUGACCACAAAAGUUGCGCUCUUAUCCAAACGAGACUGAAACUUGGUGAUAUCAUGUUGGCAGCGGCUCAGGAAGCGGCGCUAGCGGGACAAAGCUCCAGCGGGGGGCACAAGGGGGCCCAUCGCUUAGCUGAUAGAAUGGGCGGCCCAAGUAGUCAGGCGGGUCAGUCUCCAGCCGGAGGCGGACCCACCUCAUUGUUUAUCCUCACAGAGGAUAACCCCAUUAGGAAGUACACACGAUUUAUAAUAGAAUGGCCGCCCUUCGAGUAUGCUGUGUUAUUGACAAUCAUUGCAAACUGUGUAGUGCUGGCUCUGGAGGAGCAUUUGCCUCACGGAGAUAAAACCAUAUUGGCUCAGAAAUUGGAAAGAACGGAGGCCUACUUUUUGGGCAUAUUCUGUGUGGAAGCUUCGCUCAAGAUCAUAGCCUUAGGGUUUGUGCUGCACAAACACUCCUACCUCAGGAAUAUAUGGAACAUUAUGGAUUUUUUCGUUGUAGUGACGGGGUUCAUCACAAUGUUCCCACAAAAGGGGCCCGAAGUAGAUCUCAGAACAUUAAGGGCCAUACGUGUUCUACGGCCCUUAAAAUUAGUGUCUGGAAUUCCUAGUUUACAAGUAGUUUUAAAAUCUAUAAUUAAAGCAAUGGCGCCGUUGCUUCAGAUCGGACUCUUAGUGUUAUUUGCAAUUGUCAUAUUUGCAAUUAUCGGAUUGGAGUUCUAUUCUGGUACUCUGCACAAAAGUUGUUAUAGUUUAGAGGAUAUAAAAAUAAUAAUAAAAGAAGGUGAGAUGGCUACACCUUGUAACACAGACAACGCAACGGCAGCCCCGGCGGGCGCCUACGUAUGCAACUACAAUCAGAGCACCUGUAUAGAACAGUGGGAAGGACCGAACUUUGGCAUAACCAGCUUCGAUAACAUUGGUUUUGCCAUGCUGACAGUAUUUCAGUGCAUAACUAUGGAAGGCUGGACCGCAAUACUGUAUUGGACCAACGAUGCAUUAGGUUCAACGUUCAAUUGGAUCUAUUUCGUGCCUCUUAUAGUAUUGGGAUCAUUCUUUAUGCUCAACUUGGUUCUUGGUGUUCUUAGUGGUGAAUUUGCAAAAGAACGAGAAAAAGUUGAGAAUCGGCAAGAAUUUCUGAAGCUUCGACGCCAGCAACAGCUAGAAAGAGAACUCAAUGGUUAUGUUGAGUGGAUAUGCAAAGCCGAAGAGGUAAUCUUGGCUGAGGAAAGGACUACCGAGGAGGAGAAAAUGCACAUAAUGGAAGCUCGAAGGCGCGCUGCAGCGAAACGGAAAAAACUUAAAAACUUGGGAAAAUCCAAAUCAACAGAUACCGAGGAAGAGGAAGCCGAUGAAGACUGCGCAGAUGACGGUAUGUGUUGUGGAUAUUUAAAAUCAAAAGUGAAAUCGCAAGGUCGCUGCAAAGGAUUCUGGAGGGCUGAGAAGAGAUUUCGGUUCUGGAUACGACACACCGUGAAGACACAGUGGUUCUAUUGGUUCGUUAUUGUCCUCGUGUUCCUCAACACGGUUUGUGUUGCUGUUGAGCACUAUGGGCAGCCAAAGUGGUUAACAUCAUUUCUCUAUUACGCGGAGUUUGCCUUCUUGGCACUCUUCAUGAUGGAGAUGUGGAUUAAGGUAUAUGCCCUUGGUCCUCGGAUCUACUUUGAAUCAUCGUUUAAUCGCUUCGACUGUGUCGUGAUCAGCGGUUCGAUAUUUGAAGUGAUCUGGUCCGAGGUCAAGGGCGGCUCAUUUGGGCUGUCGGUGCUGCGAGCCCUACGUCUUCUGCGCAUCUUCAAGGUGACAAAGUAUUGGUCGUCGCUGCGCAAUCUUGUGAUAUCUCUCCUCAAUUCGAUGAGAUCCAUCAUCUCCCUGUUGUUCCUGCUCUUCUUGUUCAUCCUCAUAUUCGCAUUGCUCGGCAUGCAACUCUUUGGUGGUCAGUUCAACUUUCCAGAUGGAACACCAGCGACAAAUUUCAACACAUUUCCCAUUGCACUCCUCACGGUCUUUCAAAUACUAACUGGUGAAGACUGGAAUGAGGUCAUGUAUCAAGGUAUUGAGUCGCAGGGUGGACACAAAAAGGGAAUGAUUUAUUCACUAUAUUUUAUCGUUCUGGUGCUAUUUGGUAAUUACACUCUGCUGAACGUAUUCUUGGCUAUCGCCGUCGAUAAUUUGGCCAAUGCCCAAGAAUUAACGGCAGCCGAAGAGGAGCAAGUGGAAGAGGAUAAGGAGAAACAAUUGCAGGAGCUUGAGAAGGAAAUGGAGGCACUGCAGGUGUCAGAUGGGUCACCGCCGCGAAUGGAUAUGGGACCAUCGUCACCCACACGCAGUAAAAACAAAAAGAAGGAAGAUGAAAAGAAGGAGGAGGAGGAAGAAAUACCGGAUGGACCUAAACCAAUGCUACCAUAUUCUUCGAUGUUUAUUCUUUCGCCAACAAAUCCCAUUCGACGGGCGGCACAUUGGGUGGUUAAUCUGCAUUAUUUUGAUUUCUUCAUCAUGGUCGUUAUUUCAUUGUCAUCAAUCGCUCUGGCGGCGGAAGAUCCGGUAGAAGAGGAAUCAACACGAAAUAAAGUUCUAAAUUACUUCGAUUACGCCUUCACGGGCGUCUUCACGAUAGAGAUGUUACUGAAAAUUGUAGAUUUAGGUAUAAUACUGCAUCCGGGCAGCUACUUGAGAGAAUUCUGGAAUAUUAUGGACGCUGUCGUUGUAAUUUGCGCUGCUGUUAGUUUUGGAUUCGAUAUGAUUGGAAGCAGUGCAGGUCAAAAUUUAUCAACGAUCAAAUCAUUGAGAGUACUCCGAGUACUACGUCCAUUGAAAACAAUCAAACGUGUUCCGAAGCUAAAAGCUGUUUUCGAUUGCGUCGUUAAUUCACUCAAAAACGUUAUAAAUAUCCUGAUCGUGUACAUAUUGUUUCAAUUUAUUUUCGCUGUAAUUGCUGUACAAUUGUUCAAUGGAAAGUUCUUCUUUUGUACGGAUGAAAGUAAACACACUGCCGAGGAGUGUCAGGGGUCAUAUUUUGUGUUUGACGGUGACGAGCAAUUGCCACGGAGGGAAGCUCGAAUAUGGUCAACACAAAGCUUUCACUACGAUAAUGUAGCAACAGCAAUGUUAACACUCUUUGCUGUACAAACGGGUGAAGGAUGGCCUCAGGUGCUUCAGAAUUCCAUGGCCGCCACCUAUGAGGAUAAGGGUCCAAUACAAAAUUUCCGCAUUGAAAUGUCCAUUUUUUAUAUCGUGUACUUCGUAGUUUUUCCAUUCUUCUUCGUUAACAUUUUCGUGGCCUUGAUUAUCAUCACAUUCCAGGAGCAAGGCGAAGCUGAGCUGCAGGACGGCGAAAUAGAUAAGAAUCAGAAAUCGUGCAUCGAUUUUACGAUAGGGGCUCGUCCACUCGAGCGUUAUAUGCCAAAUAAAAGGAAUAGCUUCAAAUACAAAGUUUGGCGGAUAGUUGUAUCAACACCAUUCGAAUAUUUCAUCAUGAUGCUAAUCGUCUUCAAUACUCUGCUCCUCAUGAUGAAGUACCAUCAACAAAGUAAAAUGUACGAAAAGUCAUUAAAGUAUCUAAACAUGGGUUUCACGGGAAUGUUUAGUGUUGAGACUGUUCUUAAAAUUAUUGGAUUUGGUGUAAAGAAUUUUUUCAAAGAUCCAUGGAAUAUUUUCGACUUUAUAACUGUGAUCGGCAGUAUAAUUGAUGCCCUGGUUUUGGAGUUAGGAACAAGUUCAUUUAAUGUUGGAUUUUUAAGACUAUUCCGUGCUGCACGAUUGAUAAAACUUUUGAGACAAGGGUACACGAUACGAAUACUUCUGUGGACAUUCGUACAGUCCUUCAAGGCAUUGCCGUACGUUUGCUUACUCAUCGCGAUGCUAUUCUUUAUUUAUGCCAUUAUCGGAAUGCAGGUGUUUGGAAAUAUUGCACUAGACCCGGAAACUGCCAUAACAAGACACAACAACUUCCGUUCAUUCGUGCAAGGAUUAAUGUUGCUAUUCAGAUGUGCCACAGGCGAGGCGUGGCCGAACAUAAUGUUAGCCUGUCUUAAGGGAAGACCAUGUGAUGAGCGAGCUGGUAAAGAACCCCACGAAACAUGUGGGUCAUCUCUGGCUUAUGCAUACUUCGUGUCCUUCAUCUUUUUCUGUUCGUUCUUGAUGUUGAACUUGUUCGUGGCCGUUAUCAUGGACAACUUUGACUACCUAACAAGAGACUCAAGUAUUCUCGGUGCUCACCAUCUGGAUGAAUUUGUUCGCAUUUGGGCGGAAUAUGAUCCGAACGCAACAGGAAAAAUACAUUACACGGAGAUGUACGAUAUGCUGAAAAACAUGGAUCCUCCUUUGGGAUUUGGCAACAAAUGUCCCAAUCGCCUCGCCUACAAAAAAUUAAUACGAAUGAACAUGCCACUCGAUGCGGAUGGAAAAGUUAAUUUCACUACGACGCUAUUUGCACUAAUUCGGGAAAAUUUAAACAUCAAAAUGAGAUCGGCCGAAGAAAUGGAUCAAGCAGAUGAGGAACUCCGUGAGACGAUACGACAUAUUUGGCCACUGCAAGCGAAGAAAAUCCUAGAUUUGCUAAUACCGCAGAAUGAUACGCUGAACCAGGGAAAAUUGACUGUUGGUAAAAUAUACGCGGGUCUCCUCAUUCUGGAAUCGUGGAGAAAUACACGAUUCGGUCAGAUUGAUUCAGGACUUCCGGCCAAAGAUGCAAGCAAAACUAGUCCUACGGCAAAACAGCCGAAACAGUCGUUUUUCAAUUGCCUCCUGGACAUGGCGGCCCUGGAGAAGGGUGGAGGCUCCCGGACGGGAUCACUGAGUGCCGAUGGGGUACACGAUGGUGUCACAUCACAAACGCACCUGUUGCACCCUCACACCCAGACAAAUGGGGAUGCUGGCGAGCACGUGGGCAAUAGUAGCUUGGCCGCUCUGGCACGCAGGAGUACCAUGAGGAAGCGAUCGUUCAGAUCCAAAAAGGUGAUGUUGCAUUCGGCGCUCGAGCUGCAGGACGUCGCGUCACGGCAACCCUCGUUAGAAUCCUUAACGGGAGAUGGUCAUCUUCAUCCUGGACAUCCGUACAACGGCCACAGGAGAUCACCCAGUUUACGUGGGGGAUCGCCGUUGAUACGGACUCCUAGUCCAAGAAGAAGAGGUCAUCAUCUUCACCAUGACAUUGGAUUCUCAGAUACAGUGUCCAAUGUCGUGGAGAUCGUUAAGGGUGAACGAAGUCGGAGGCCUUAUGGCCAUGGAUCUCGAUUUACUCGAGGUUCAUGGUCAGCGUCGACGAGUCCCGCUCGAUCUCCGUCGCCAGCCCGAUACGGUCCCCGCGGGGAUGCUGCCCAUCACCGGAGUCGCCGCAACCAUCUUCAGUAUCCCACGUAUGGGACAACAAGUCUAUGUCAGAGGUCACGUUCACCGAGUCCCGCUCGACUGAAGGAGAUGCGUGACCGAUAUAGACUUUUGGACGAUGAAAUGGGAGGAACACACCAUGUUCAACUUAGUUACCCCGUUUUGGUGCCUGGACGUCGUCGGUUACCUCCUACACCGUGUAAACCAUCGACUUUGCAACUAAAGCCAACUAAUAUAAAUUUCCCUAAACUAAAUGCUAGCCCUACACAUAAGUAUUUUCACAAUUUUCAACAGACUCACCACUCGACACCUCAUAGUGUUCAUUCGCUGCCACAUUCUAGGGAUUUUCUCCGCGAUCAGCGAGAUUUUUACUACGCUAGUCGCGAACGCGAUCGACUGAGAGAUCGUGGACGUGAUUUUGAUUUAAGGUUCGAGUAUAGAGACAAGGAGCGUGAGAGGUAUGAAUUAGAACGGGAACGAGAACGAGAACGCGAGAGGGAGAUUGAGAGAGAAAGAGAAAGAUUGGAGUAUCACGCUCCUUUGUCUUUUGAACAAGCCUUAGCGAUGGGCAGAACUGGCAGAGUACUUCCAUCACCCGUCCUCAACGGCUUCAAGCCAAAAGGUGGCCUCCAUUCGCGCCACUCCGACUCCGAUGAAGAGGACUGGUGCUAGCAAAGGCUGAUAAGGCACAGCAACAGUAGGGAACAAAUAUGGGUCUAGCGGUGCGUAACUCCGUAUUAAGAUCAUUACUAAAUGUAUAAGGACAACUAACAAAGAAAACACACACUUUUUUCCAAGAAAAAAAAACCACAAAACAUAAAAACUUGGUGGUUAUAUAAAAGUAAAAAAAAACUUGACACAAAACGCAGAUUCUCUUUUUUUUGUAAAGAAAAAUUCCGAAAGACAUUAUCAUUAAAGAAAGAAAAAAAUGAAACACCCACACACCCCACACACUAUCGUGUCCUCCUAAGUAGCGUCUUUGUCGGUAGUGCAUCGAAGUUUCCUUUUUUUAAAUGUAAAAGAAAUUUCGUAUGCAAUUGACGCAUCUCAUCACCUGUUAGUUCAACAAAUUUUCAUUUAAAAAGAGAAGAAAAUUCGUUCAUUUAAAAAAAAUUGCAACUAUUCGAAGACAUCUAAUAUCUCUUAAUAAACUUGAUAAACUUUGAAUAUAUAGGAGUGGGUUUGUAGCGAAGAGGGGAAAUGGAAAGACAAACACGAUUACUUACCAGGAUUAUAUACUGUAUAAAGAAAAUAGGGAAUCGUAUGUAAAUACAUAUCGAUAUAGGUAAAAUAUUAUUUUGAUCUCCAUUAGGUACGAAAAAAAAAUCAUUGAGAAAUGACAAUUUAAACAUUUACUUAGUUUCACAAUCACACAAGAAUAAUAGAGAAUAGAUGGAAGAUAAAAUGGAAAACUUUGUAGAAAACAAACGUAUAAGAAGUUAAGAUCGCGUGCGUAUUUAUUGGUUUAAAAAUGAUUUUAAUCUUUCAUUUACUUGUGAUAUUUCUUCUAUUUUCAUUCCUUAUUUUUUUUAAAGCAUUAAAUUGCCAUUUCAUCAUUUAAUCUAAUUAACAUUAAGUACGGAACAUGCAAGUUGUAUUGAAAAAAAUAAAAAAUAAAGAUGAAAGCUGCCGAUUGGUUUGUAUUGGACUUCCAGGUCCCAUUUUAAAGAGAUACUUUUAGAGAAAGUUAUCUUCCAAAAAAAAAAUAUGCCACAAUCUUUAAGAAUAUUUUACUUAAAAGAAUAAUUGAAGGAAAAAUCGACCAUUUUUGACAUUUUCGUGCGCAAUAUUGUAGACUUUUUAUUAAAUUCUCGUAUCAACGUCUCAAUCUUCUCAUUUCUCGAUAGCUGGCAAAGAUCCGUCCCAUUAUUUAUUUUUUCAUAACAUUAGCUAUGACGCCUAACAAUAAAAUAUUAAGGAUCUCUCAAUGAAAAUUUCUUCACGUUAAACAAAAAAAAAUCAUUUGUUAGGCUCUUAAAGAAAUUCAUUAAAAGACAUUUUAAAGAUUUUCUUUUAGAACAUUCUUAGACAAUGUCAGCAGGGCCAGCAGAGGCACAAAGGCAAAAAAAAGAGAAAAAUUUAGCAACAAAAAAUGCAAAAAUUGUGGGUUAAAAAAACUGCCAGAAAUUGCGAUUUGUUAAUUGAACAAAAAAAAUCAUCUGUUGAAAUCUCAUUGCAGUUUUUUUUAAGGAAUUUUUAGAAUCUGGGACGAUAGGAAAAUUAAUAAAUUUCAGAAGUGCCGCUCUGUGGCAAGUUUUCUUUAUUCUUUCUAAAGAAUUAAUAUCGCAAAAAUAUCUUAUCCCACUGCCACAUAAAUUCUCAGCCGUUUUUCUUCAUUGCGCAAUCAUUAAAUGAUUUUUAAUUUUACCACCAAAAUCAUUCUCAAACUUUCAUCUCAAACACACAACCAUUUAGAACGAUUCUUAAUGUAGAAUUUAUGGUGAUGACUUCUUUUCUUUGCAAAUUCUUUGUUUUUAUACAUUUUUGCAUGUAAAAACAAAGUAUAAGAAAAAAAUUCGUGGGCUACAGAGUAAUAGAUAUUCCACAAAAAAAUGAAAAAAUUGCUUAAUUUUCUUUUAAAUGGAACAAAUCCUUAAAAAAAACAUUUUGCCAAUCAAAUCCGACGAAAAAAAUAAAUAAAUAACAAGCAAGAAUACAUAGUAUUCUGUUUGCCCUCUACCCACACAACAAAAGCAUUAAGAAGAGAAAAAAAAUGUACAGAGAAACACAAAAAUAUUAUACAGAUAGUUCUUAUUUAUUGACGAUGGAGAGGAAAAAAAUUGAUAAAAAAAUGACUUCACAUUUAGCGAAAGUGUAUAUAAAAUACAGUUUUCUGUGAUAUAAAAAUAUAUAUUAUUAAAAGUAAAAAAAAAAGUAAUUUAAAGUCUAUAAACAAAUUUUAAAAUGAAAUCCAUUCGAGUUAUAAAUAUAAAUUAACUUUAAACAACAAAAAAAUACAUUUUACUGAAUUUUGAGAAGCGAGAGAUGAAAAGAAAAUUGAAAGUUUUCAUUCAACAUUUACUCAUUGCCACAUUCCAUUUCACAAUUUAAUAGAAAGAAAAUGACAAAAAUAUUUAAAGAAAAAAAUAUUAAUUCAAUGAAUCAUCAAGAGAAGGAUGACUUGAAGGGAAGAGUUAAAGAAGAAAAAAAAAAGACGUAAAAACAUGAAAGAAGAAAAUCUUAUAAAAUACAUAGCAUAAAAUACCCAUAUAUAGAUUCAUCAAUGCGGAUUAAGAAAAAAAAACUGUUCUGUAAUAUAUUUCUAUAAGAAGAGCGAUGCGGGGGGAAGGGGGUGGUAAGAGAUGAUAAAUGAUUGAUGAAACAUAGAAUUUUAUAAUUUCAAUAUACCAUAAAGUGAAAAAUCACAUGCAUUUCUACUUCGCCGCUUAGGAGAGUUUAUACAUAUAAAGGAGGUUAGGGGAUGUUCUUCUCUGUGUAAUAAAAAAAAUGGAUUAAAUAGAGAGAUUGAGAGAAGGAUGAGAAUUUAUUGACAUUAUAGAUGUACUCGUACAAUGCAUAUUAUUAGAUAAAAAAAAACAAAUAUCGAUACAUAUUGUAAAUGUAAUAUUUCCAUAAAAAUCCAUGAUGAAAUCUUAUAUUGAAUACGUUAUGCUUUUAUGUUGUUCUCAUAUAACAAUAAUAUGAACGAGGCAUAAAAUCGAUGUUUCUACAUUCUUUUAGUAAAAAAAAAUAAUUAAAAAAAAUAAACCAUCAAUGCGGGAAAAUGUGAAAGAAAAUUGUUGGUAGACAAAUGAAGGAGUGAAUGGGUUAGAAAAGAAAAGAAAAAAUAAUGAAAUGUUGUCCACGGAUUUUGUCAUGUUGAACCUCGAUAGAGUGAUGAAGACAUUUUGCAUAGAGGAGCAUGAUCCACUUACCAAAUAUUAUAUUACCAAGUAAAUGUUGACUACUCGUAAAUUUUAUGUAAAAUCUCAUAUUUUUUCGUACUUUGUCAUAAAAGCCGAAUUAAACGAUGGUUAGAACAGUUGGAGCAAUUUUUGUAUUUGUCGUAACACUCAUUUUGUUUUCUCUUCAUUUUCAUUUUUCUUCAUUCCUCAAAUUUGAAAUUUUUAAAUGUAGUUUUCAGGACAAUUUUCCAAAUGCAAAUGGCAUAGAAAAUCAUACACAAAAAAAAUCCGUUUUUUUUUUCUUUUUUCAUACAGUCUGAGUAAAAUAUAAAAUUUUUGGACCAGAAAUCACAAUGACAAAUCACUUAUUACCGAAAGGAAAGAAAAAAAAAACAAGAAAAACUCCGAUAUAAUUUAUUAAAUUGUUCACAGAAAAUGGCAAAUUUUUUUAAAUCAAACUGUUGUAUGAUUGUUGAUGCAAUUUCAAAGAGUAAUAUUUGUUUUAAAAUAACAAAAGAAAAAAAAAACAUUCCAUAAAAUAUCACGCGUUUUAAGGAGAAACAAAUAAAUAAAUAAAUCGAAAAAGGGGGGAGUUUUCGUGAUCUUUUUAGUCACCAAUGAAGAGAGAAUGUAUAAUGUAAAAUUUAGUCUUAAAUAACACUUUAGUUUUGAUAAAAUUUAAACAAAAAAAGAAAUUCCUUUUUAAUGAAUGUACAUAAAGAAUAUUUUAGUGCAUCACCACAGAAAAAAAAGUAAAAUAAGAAAUCAAAUUCAUAAAUUUAUAUAAGAAAAAAUAGACUUUAAAUUUUUGUCUGAACUUCACGAAUGAUGAAAACCAUCCAGACAUUCGAUAAGGAGUUUAUGCUUUGCUAGGAAAAAAAAUACACUCAAACACACAACACCCAUUUAAUGAACCAAAAAACAUUUAUCUUGCGAAUUAAUGUGUUAAAUUCAUAAUUUAUUAAUUUUUCUCACACAAAAUUUACCAAGUAAAAAAUUUUAUUAUUUAAAAGAAAAACUUUCUGAAUAUUUGCGCGAUUUUCUUUACUAGAUUUCUUAUUUUAACAUAACAUCCCAAGGUUAAGUUCUCCAACAUUAGUUAGGGAAUAGAUUUGUUUCUUGAAAGUUCUCUUUUUUUUAAUUAUUUGGGCAAUAUUGACUUAAAUGAGGGAGAGCACGACAAAAGAAAUCGAUUGUAUCCGACGCAUAGAAAUUUUGUGAAAAUAAAAAUUCUCUAAAUACAAUCUAAUUCAUAAAAUAAAUUACCGUAAAUUGCAAAAGAAAAAUUUUUACUCAUAAACUCAUCCUGUAAAAAGAAAAUCUGACGCGCGGCACUUAAUUCAUCGAACAUUUCAGUGAAUUGUGUAAUAGAAGAAAAAAAUAUAAAAAAAACCAAAAAAGAAAUAAAAAAAACAUAAAGAACUUCUAACAGAAACAUUGAAGGUGGAAAAAAAAUUUCAAAUAUUGCAUUAGAAUUUUUAUAAAAAGAAAUUGAAAUAAAAAAUUUAAUAGAUAAUUAAAUAUACCAAGAUAAAUUUUAAACAAAGGGAAAGGACACUACAUUACAUAUACAUAGGUACUGCGAUGAUGCAAGUAAAUACAAAUGAAAAAAUAUUGAUUCAUUCAUUAACAUUAAAUACUUUUUAAAAAUAUUUAUAUUGAACAAAUUAAUCAAAUUUACAUGAUGAUAGAAAGAUGACAAAGAAUGGAUUUAAAAAAUCUUAUUAUUUUCCCUAUUGCCAUAUAUUAUGAUGAUGAAAAAUUGAAUAGAUUACCAGAGGAAAGUGGCAAGAAUUUUGAAAAAUUCAACCUCAACAAACUCUAUAAAAAAAUUGUUAUAUUUAUUCCGAAAGACAUAGAGAAAUUACAAGAGAAAACAUGAUUGUUCUAGUUGGAAAGAAGAUGAAAAAAAAAAAACUUAAAAAAUUAUCUUUAUUAACAAAUAAAUCCAUAUAUAAAAUUACUCAUAUUUUUUUGUUAUUUAUUACCUAAACACAAUUUAAAGAAGAAGAAAAAAACAUGUACUCAUAUAUCAAAGUUUAUUACUGGUUGAAUUCUUCAAAUAUUUAAAAAAAAAAUGAAUGAAAUGGAAAUGAAAAAAUAUAUUAAUUACUUAUACCAAAAAAAAAAUUGGAAAGUGUUGAUUUUCCAAUGCAGAGAAAGAAUAUAUAAAUAUACAUACAUUGCAUAUUAUUAUAGCUAAAUCUAAAAAAAUCUUAUAUGUAUAAAAAUGGCAGAAACAGAAUUAUUUAUUAUUGAAAAAAAAAUGAAACAUGAAGAGUAAUAGUAAUGCACUGUAUACCGGAUAUUUGUUAAAUCGCAUUAUUGAGAUGAAGGAGUAAACCCGAAAAAAAAACAAAACAAGAAAAUGGAAAUUCUUAGAUAAAGUAUGAAAAAAGAAAUUUAUUAUCAUGUCAUCGCUUUCGAAGCCCGUUUUUUUAAAGAAAAUAAAGUAAAAAUAAAAAAUAA